UUGUGCAGAAUUUUUACAAUAAUAAUGGUUGUUGUCAAGGAAUAUCGCUUUAAUCACAUAUUUAUUUAAUAAUACUUUAGAUAAAUAAAUAAAUUUAAAUAAAUAAUAUACAUUUUUGAUAUUAUUUAGAUUAUUUUAACCUCUGCAUGAAGGAUAUAGAAACGGGAUAAGACUACUUCAGAGUCAGCUGAGUUCGAAAUGCUCACAUGCUCAUAUUUUCAUAUGCAUUUUGCUCAUUCAAUAUAAAUAUUUCAUAAAUUAAUCUUUGUGCAGGACGUCUCAGACUACAUUACCCACAAUCAUUUCUAGAGCGCAGUCACGUGUGUUUGGUUUAAAAUCACCACAGCAACGGGAGCGCGGAAGCGAAACCUUAAUUUGAUUAACCAUUUGGACGACUAUUUACAUAAAUAUUGGACAGCACCACUAAUAAUGAAAGCAAACGUGAAAUCUUCACCUUUACAAAAAAGUGUGCAGCAGCAAACGCUAAACGGCGCAGACCGCGGGCCGAGGCCAGCAGAAGUCCCAGCGUUAAAGUUAGAGACCCUGCACGACACGGAGGAGGAGCAUUUCCCCAUCCUUCUGAAGAACCCUGCUAUCAAGACUGUCUCAGGAGAUCUGACAGCCAUGAGCUGGGGCUCUCCGGCCUCCACACAAUCAAAGCAGUGUUUCGCGCCUGAGAUGAAGGACUCAGUUGAAAAACAAGCGCCUGCUGUGGAUAACAGGGAAUCACUUGAGCUGAGCUACAGAGUCCAGACAGAAAGAAGUCCACUCUAUAGUCACAAACCCAACCUAGAUUCAUCCCACACCUACAAAAUCACAGCACAACCCUGUUACAACCAGUUCAACACUGUACGACCAAACAGCAAGAUGAGGGAUGCGGAGGAGCUUACUGAGGACAGGAAACUGCAAGCAGUAAUUGAGCAGGUUAUGGUGGAUCAGCUGUCGAGGGCUGUCAUUAGCGAUCCGGAACAGAAUGCUGUGUCUGUCAGUCCCACGAGUGUCCCACCACGCUACAGGAGAACUCUUCACCACACUAAAGUAAAAACUCCAAUGUCUUUAACGGAGAACGUCUUAUCCAACAAGCUCUGCUUUCAAGCCAGGAUUUUAUCAAGGUGUGGACGUGAGGCGUGUCGAAAACUGAUUGGCUUCUUUUUCACAUGUGACCAAACACUGACCGUCUACGAGUACAGAAAUUUUGGUAAAAACAGAUGGAACGCACUGCCCUUUAUCACGCGUGGUGUGUAUUGGAACAGAGGGAGGCCGUACCGCCUGCAGGAUAUCUCACAGGGUGCCGAGCUUCGUUUCUGUACAGACGGCCCACACCUCCCCCAAAGUCUGAGACAGCAACUGUGCCUGACCCUCAGAGUUACUGAUGUGGAUGACACAGUCAAGGGAGCUCUGCUAACUCAGUCUGGGGAAACUCUACAUCAUCUCUCUGAAGAGGAAAUCAACGACCGAAACACUCUAAAGGAAAUACAAGGUGCAGUGCGUGACAGGCUGAAGGGUCAUGCGGUCCGAACCCUGAUUAUUCUAGGAAGAGAUCUGCAGAACUUACAUCUAAAGUCUGAUGGUAUUCAGCUAAAAGAGCUGCUCGGACGAUCUCUGAUGGAGCAGCUGUGCCUCACUCAGCAGGACUUCGAGGCGGUGUGGAGGAUUGUGAGUCGGCGUGCGGAGGGGCGGAUGCACCCCGCUGAUGUGAUGCGUGCCGUUACCGGGGAGAUGAGCGAGAACAGAAAAGCCAUCUUCCUGAAGGUUUAUGUAAAGCUCGACCCAAAUAAAACCGGCUUCAUCAUUCUCAGUGAUAUUGAAAAAUUCUACAGAGGCAAAAGAGAGUCUGACGCAGCACUCGAAGCUGAUCCAAACCCUGACUUCCUGGCCUUCGUACGGGAAGCAGGAAAGGUCACCAAGACUGUGUCCUAUGCUGAGUUUGAGGACUAUUAUGAGGGUCUGAGUCUUGAAAUCCCUGAUGACGAAGAAUACAUCAACAAUUUAAGAGCUAUGUGGAGUAUCUGAAGGCAUCUGUCUUUUUUAUAGAAGGACACUUUCUUGAUAUGAGUGAAAUCCUGUCACUAUAUGUUAUUCUUCAUAUUCAAAUGAUAUUAUUCAUAGUACGCAUUUUAUAGUUUUAUAUUGUAAAGCACAGCGUAGAGUACAAUUCCAAAAUUCAGAGUCAGAUUAAUACUUUUAUUCAGCAAGGAUGCAUUAAAUUGAUCAAAAAAUUACAGUAAAGACAUUUAUAAUAAUACAAAAUAUUUCUAUUAAAUGCUGUUCUUUUGAACAUUUUGUUCAUCCCGAUGAAA